AAAGUUUGCCCCGGCGUAAGUUCGUCAGUCGCAGCGCGCAGCCGUCGAGUCCAGAAGAAAGGCGCUGCCUCACGUCGCCUUGCCAUCGGCCCGCUCCGAGUCGCCGACGACGUUCUCUGCUCCGCGGAGGGAGAUGCUGCAAUUCAGAGCUCUGGUGUUAUUGGGGGCAGCGGCCGUGGCGGCCGCCCAAGGGAGCUACGGCCCGAAGCGUCCCGCUGGGAGCGGCUCGUACGGCAGCGGCGGCGCGGCGGAGGCCCACCGCGAGGAGGCCGAGCACCCACCCAGCGUGGUCCUAGGCGCCGGCGGCCAGGGCGGCCGGGUCCCAGCCACCACCCAGGAAGGCGCCCUCAACCUGGCCAUGCUCAGCGCCCUCGGCGGCCACGUCCAGAGCGGCGGGGGCUACCACGGGUCGGGACUCGCCGACCGCGACAUCGAGGACGUCCUGGCCCACAUCGCCUCCUUCGGCGACCACGGCGACGGGAAGCGUCCCGGUCACGAGAACGCCAAGCCCGGUGGAUACGACGAGCACCGAAAGCCAGCCGGGACCUACGGCCCUGUCAAGCCCAGCGGCAGUUAUGGAGAGGAGCGUCCUGUGAAGCCCAGUGGAAGUUACGGUCACGAGGAGGAGCGCCCCGUCAAGCCCAGUAGCCACGAAAGCAGCUACGAAAGCCAUGCUAAACCCAUUGGUAGUUAUGGUUCUGGACUGGAACCCAGUGGCAGCUACAAACCGGACAGCCACGAAGAACCCCACAAACCCUCCGGUAGCUACGGACACGAAGAACGCCCCGUCAAGCCCAGCGGUAGCUACGGACAGGAAGAACGCCCUGUCAAGCCCAGCGGAAAUUAUGGACACGAAGAACGCCCUGUCAAGCCCAGCGGUAGCUAUGGACAGGAAGAACGCCCCGUCAAGCCCAGCGGAAAUUAUGGACACGAAGAACGCCCUGUCAAGCCCAGCGGUAGCUACGGACACGAAGAACGCCCUGUCAAGCCCAGCGGAAAUUAUGGACACGAAGAACGCCCUGUCAAGCCCAGCGGUAGCUAUGGACAGGAAGAACGCCCCGUCAAGCCCAGCGGUAGCUAUGGACAUGAAGAGUACCCCAUCAGCUUUGGUCACGAGGAGCGACCAAUAAAACCCAGCGGCAGCUACAAACCUAGCAGUCACGAAAGCAGCUACGAGGAGCCCCUUAAGCCAUCAGGGAGCUAUGGACAUGAGGAGCGACCCAUGAAGCCUGCUGGCAGCUACAAACCCAGCAGUCACGAAAGCAGUUACGAAGAGCAUGCCAAACCCAUUGGCAGCUACGGUUCUGGACUGGAACCCAGCAGCAGUUACAAGCCCAGCAGCCACGAAAGCAGUUACGAAGAGCCCCACAAGCCCAGUGGAAGUUACGGACACGAGGAGCGACCCGUCAAGCCAAGUGGCAGUUACAAACCCAGCCACGAAAGCAGUUACGAAGAGCCCCACAAGCCCAGUGGAAGUUACGGACACGAGGAGCGACCCGUCAAACCCAGUGGCAGUUACAAACCCAGCCACGAAAGCAGUUACGAAGAGCCCCACAAGCCCACUGGAAGUUACGAACACGAGGAGCGACCCGUCAAACCCAGUGGCAGUUACGAACACCACUCUGAGCACCACGCCAAGCCCUCGGGUAGCUACGGGCACAGCGAACACCGCCGACCUGACGAACACGAGGACAGCGACGGUGGCUGGCACUUUGAGUCCGACCUCCACCACGGCCACGGAGACCACAAGCAAGGCUCGUCGUACGGGGGACACCGCGAGGAGGUGCAUCGCGACCACGACAGGGACGCGCACCGCGAGGAGAGGCCCAGCUAUCCGGAUGGCCACCGCGACCGUGACGAACACCAUCACCACGACGACCACCACGACGACCACCACGACCACCGCGAUGAACCCAAGAAGGGCUCGUCCUACGGCGCGCACCAGGAAAGCCCCUCAUAUGACGCGCAUCAUGACCGCCGAGAAACCCAUGACGGCCAUGACCGUGACGUGGAGGGGGGCAGCGGCGGCAGCUACCGGCCGGCAUCGCCAGUAUCGCAGACCGGGUCCGGAGCCGGUCUGACGGGGGGCCCGGUGGGGUCCCCCUCGGGGCACGGCCACUCCUACGGCGGCAGUCGCGGCGGCGGCUACGCCAAGCCCAUCGCCACCGCCCUGCACGAGGGCCUGGCCCACGCCACCAAGCCCGCCGGCAGCUACGGCCGCCGGAGAUAGGCUAGGGGCUGCGCCGGGCUGCGCGCGUGUCCUCCGUGUGCCCCAAGUCGGCCACCUCGCCGCCGAACCCCAACUUAAUUUAUUCCCUUCGUUUCCAGUUCGGCGCAGCGGAACCGCGAUCCUGCUCCCCUCCCCCGCAAUGCCGAAGUAACAGCCGCACGGGAUGAGCGCGAGCUAUCAAUUACGACUCGCCCGGAGGGCUGCGUCCGCGGCGCGUCCGCGAGACCGCCAACGCGGGGCGGGGGCAGUCCGAACCGAACGUGGCCGCCGAUAGACAGCACGCGACGCGACGGCCGCCCGGCCCGGCGGGGCUAUCUGACUGGGCGCCGCCAUGCCACGGCCAUGGCGCCGCAAAUCGCUGAACUCGCCGAACGCAAGUUGUUGUCGCGGUGUCGCCGCGGCGCAGUCGCACGAGUCGCACGCGUGUCGCGACCGCGGCUUGGAGCGGGGUAGCGGAUUGCCCUUGGCAGCUCGAACAGCGGAUAACGAGGCCGCCAGGGCCAAAGUCAUGACCCUCAUGACGGAGCGGCGGGGCGGGGCGGGGCAGGCUGCAGCCCGUGCCGUCAUGGCCGUGAUGGCGUCAUUGGCGGCACGGCCGCGGCGUCACCGAAGCGCGCUGUCAUGUCGGCUCCUAUGACGCCGCGCCUCGUUUUCGCACGAUGAUGCAAAGAUCGUCAACGGGUGGAUCGCGAUGGAUCGUGCUCGCGAACGUCGGUUCGGGUCGGUUCGGAACCAAACCGAAGCGCCGGUUUUGGCCCAAACCGUUGACCAGCUUCGAGUCCCGGCGGCGCUUCAAUUUUUUUUCGCGAUUUCAGAGCUGCAACCGCAACUAACAUUUCACGGCAUAUAUAAAUACCGUGGAUAUUCUUUUUCAAGAACCUGAAAGGUACCAGAGACCGACAAAAAUGCAGGCUUCUGCCGGGAUUCGAAGCUGGGCCAGUCGCCGGCCGGACCCACGCCCGCCAGGGCUUGGCUCGGGACCGACUCGGACCGACGUUGGCGAGCACGAUCCAACGCGAUCCACCCGUUGACGAUCUUUGCGAUGAUGUCAUGAGCUGCUGCCUGUGUUGACGGACGACAGUGCCCGCGCUGCCGUGGCUGCCCCCCAUCCGCGUGCUGCCCUCUUUUCAUGUUGUGAUAUACAUUUUAGGGAAACCGAGAGUGUACUGUAUUUACCACUGAGAACCAAGAAAAAAAAUGAAAUAAAAGUUAAAACAACAUCUUU